CGUUUCUAUGACAACGCGACUCUAGACUCUAGAGUCACGUUGGCAUAGGAACGGCCCUGUUACUACCUGCGCAUUGUGAGCUCUAUUCAGUUCCUUCAGUUUUACCUUCUUGUUUUCACAAUAGCCCUUAGCUUAAAAUUCUAUUACAUAUACCUAAGAGGAAUAUAUCCCAGUGCGGUGUUUGAACACUUUGUGUGGCGUUGAAAUCAUCUGGAAAUGUUCAAGGGCGAGUAUCAGGGUGGUGCCGUUGUAGAGGUCUUCAGUGCACAAGGGAAAGAUCCCGUGGCAAACUGGAAACUCAGCGGCCAGCCGUCAAUAAGCAAGAUGUUCGAUAAAGAAAUGAAAGGUUUUGUGUACAGCCUCAAAGGCAGCAGUCAAACACAUAGGAUGCAGUUACCCAAAGAUGGAAAGACGCCUCUUUUCCUGAUUCAGAAGUUCCUGGUCUUGCAGGUGAAUGUUCCUCUUGGUAAAGACUUCUCAACUGAGCUUGUUGUAACAGAUCAAGGGCACUUGAAGCGAAGGCUUUACUUGUCCACUAUCCAUAAGGAGUUCUCAGCUACCCCUCUGCAUGCCAGAAUACCGCUGAGCUGCCUCAGACGAAACAUUUGGUGUAAUCUGUACAUUGACCUGGGCUCAUUCACCACCGAGCUGUUUCGAGGGGCUGCGUUCCUGUCUCUGGAUGGCAUCAUAAUCUCAGCCUGCUGUAAAGUCAGGCGUAUCUUCACCAUGAGGACUGAACCUGCAGACCAUGUGGACAGAGAUCCUUAUGACAUAAGAAAUUAUCCUAAAGAGGAGAUGCCUAAAAGCUGCCAGUUUCCAUCUGCGAUUCAGCACGUUACACAGCUAAUGAAUAUGGAUAGACUGAGACAGGCUGAUCUGAGAAGUGUAUCUAUCAGCUCAGAAGCUGAACAGCUAAGUACUGGGAGACCAGCUCGGGGUCCUAAAACCCAGGACUACUCCCAUAUUGCUUUCGGAUCGAAAGUCACAGGAUGCCCUCCUAGCACUGCAAGAAAGGGCAGUUCACUGGCAAAUGUGUCCGAACACAAAGCUCAUUCAGGGAGAAGUGGAAGACUAAAGGCACAACCACCAGCUGACCAAGCAUCUUCUGAAAGGACAGGGUCUGGGAGGCCAAAGCAGAUUUAUAAUGCUGGGAAAGAGAGAAAAGUUACACGAAAUCAUAGAGAAAUAGACAGACAUCAGCCAAUCGAUCACUGCAUUCCAGAUGAGACAUGUAGUUCAUGUUCUCCUGAGCCAGUUCCCAAAACUUCAGAAUGCCAAUCUCCAUCUGAUUCAUUCCCUGAUUUGCAUAUUCUUGAGAAUGGAAAUAGUGCCAGCAGAGGAACUUCAACUCCACUCAGUCAGGAUGAAACUGAAGAAGAGGAUGGAGAGGAGGUCUUUACUUUUUCUUCAUGUCCUCACUCAGCCAAAAGGGGUCAACUUUUCAGCGUGACCUUUGAGGGUUUAUCUUCUGACCCUAAAGUUGACAACCUAGAGUGGGACAGAGAGCGGAAAGUGGCAUGUUUGGAAGAUGACUUCAUUGGGAGUGAGGGUGAAGAGGAUCAGAGCUUCUUUGGAUUCCUCUCUCAGAGAUUUGGUGCACACACUAGUCCUGCUCCUCCUACCCUGGCUUCUGUUCCCAUUUCCAGAUCUACCUCUUCACCCAGGCUUUGCACUGAGCCAACUAAGGCCUCUACUGUUACACAUGCAUCCACACAGUCUUCCACAGAGGGGUCCCGAAGGACUGAGAUGGCACGUGUGGCACCGACCCGCUGUCUCUCACCUUGCACUUCCAAACUGCGGAGCAGAACGGAACACUCUAGACCUGGGCAAAACAGGCCUGAUGGAGAUAUAAGGACACCCAUUAAUAGAGCAUCUGUUCGAGAAAUUUCCCCUGAGGAUGUGAAGCUCCACAAUGUGAGAGAGAGCAUGAGGAGGAUGAGGAUGCCUGUGGGCUCCAGCAUAUGUGAUUUAUCUAAGAGAGCAGAGCAGGAGGAGGAUGAAGAAGAAGAGCUGCGGAUGUUAGCUAGUCUAAAAAGACAGCAGGAAGAGGAGGAGGGUGGGACCUGUGACUCAGGCCUCAGUGCUUCACAGGUUCAGCAGUGCAAUGUCAGCCUGAGUAUGAGGAGUGAUGACACUUCUACAUGGACCCAGUGUAUCCCUCUAGCAUCUGAACAGGGCCAGUACUACCAGAAAGAGAUGAAUCCACUUCUCUACUCUAAUCCCAGGGAAUGGAUGGAGGUUAUCAGCCCUCCGAUAAUUCAUCCCAGACAACAGCAGACAGAGACCAAAGGAGACCACAGCAACCCAUACACCAAAGGUUCUGUGGUUGAGGAGAACUGCAGCAAGGACGUGUUUCUCAGUCUGCUCUAUGAUUCAUGUCUGAACUGCUACUUUGAUCCUGAGACUGGGAAGUACUAUGAGCUGAUCUAAGUUCAGUGAAAUCAAGAAGACUGAUUCAUAUAGUCUGACAUAACAAUAUAUUCCAGAUAUCAUAUAAUAACAGGCACACUAUUAAAGCUGCAUUUUUAAAAAAGAUUUUGAACUGUUUAAGGUUUAUUUAGGUUGUUCUUUAAUUAUUAAGGCAAGACAUUAUAGAUAGAUAAUUUUGGUCAGAUCAGUUAGAUUUUUGAAUAUAUUGCAUCCAUAUCAUCUCUUUAAACUGUUUAAAUCAAAACUCAACCAUAAAAUUGUUUUGUCCAUUUUGACCACUGUACUAUCUGAAACUUUUAUUCAGGCUUAAAUUUCACACACUUGGCACAAUCAAACUUUGUUUCCUGAUGUAACUGAUGUAAAUUUGCGUUAUUAUUGUACACAUGUCAAUUUCCUUUAUAAACCUUAUACAAUUCCCUCCAUUAAUACUGGCACCCUUGGUAAAUAUGAGCAAAGAAGGUUGUGGAAAAUUGUCUUUGUUGUUUAACCUUUUGAUCUUUUGAUUAAAAAAAAAUCACAAAAUAAUCUGCUCUCAU